AGAAAGUAUUGUGAAGUUAGAGGAGGUUUGGCCUGAGGCAGGCUGACUGUAGAGGGGGAGCGAGGGCGUGUUUGUGAGGAACUAAACACUGGCUCUGGGGUCCGGGAGGGAUUUAAUCACAGUCUGAGGAGAAUAGAGAAACUUUUGGAGGACGGGUGGCCCAGAUUCCACACACAGCUAUGCAGUUUCAGGAGUGGUUACGUUCCCUGCGUUUCAGUGGAGGAAACGGAAAUUCUGAAGUGGACAAUCUAAAGACCCUCCUUCCGUCUCUCCCCUCGUCCUUCUCUCUUUCCUCUCUGUCCCUCUCUCCAUCCUCUAUCAUUGGGUUGGGAGCGCUAGCCUCUCUCACAACCUAUUGGCUGGUGACCAGACCUCGACCAAUCCAGCCUCCAUGUGACCUUCAGGCCCAGUCUAUACCUGUACAGGGAGACCAGAGCUGUAGGCGCUCCGCUUUACUCAAGGAUGACAAUCUGCUGGAGUUCUACUACGAGGACACAAAGACCGCUUACGACAUGUUCCAGAGAGGACUGCGGAUAGCAGGUGACGGCCCGUGUCUUGGCUUCAGGAAACCCAGAGAGCCCUAUCAGUGGAUCUCUUACACUGAGGUCGCAGAAAGGGCACAGGUGUUGGGAUCAGGUCUGUUAGCGAAAGGUUGCAAACCAAACCCUCAGCAGUUUGUGGGCAUCUAUGCCCAAAACAGACCAGAGUGGGUAAUUGCAGAGCUGGCCUGCUACACAUUCUCCAUGGCUCUGGUGCCUCUGUACGAUACUCUUGGAUUAGAAGCCAUGGUUCACAUCCUUAACCUGGCGGAGGUCUCUAUGGUGAUCUGUGAUAAGGAGGAUAAGGCAGAAUCUCUAUUAAAGAACAAGGAGAAGGGUGUGACCCCCACUCUCUCCUGUCUGGUGCUCUUCAACCCCUUCAGCGCCACCCUGGUGGAGAGAGGAAGGAAGUGCGGUGUGGAGAUACUACAGCUCUUACAGAUUAUGGAUCUGGGAAGAGAAAACUUAAAGCCACCUGUGCCUCCUAAACCUCAAGAUCUGGCUGUUGUGUGUUUCACCAGUGGGACCACAGGAAAGCCUAAAGGAGCCAUGAUAACUCACGGCAACAUCGCCUCAAACACCUCCUCUGUCAUCAAGAUCCUUGAGGGCUACUUUGUGAUUCGUCAAGAGGAUGUGUCCAUCUCCUAUCUGCCACUCGCCCACAUGUUUGAGCGUAUGAUCCAGGUAUCAAUGUUUUGUCAUGGAGCAAGAGUUGGUUUUUACCAGGGUGACAUCUCUCUGCUGAUGGAUGACAUAAAGACCCUGAAGCCCACCUUCUUCCCUGUGGUCCCUCGAUUACUCAACCGCAUCUAUGAUAAAAUUCUGGGCUCGGUUACGUCCCCGUUGAGAAGAGUCAUCCUCCAUUACGCCGUGAGGAGGAAACAGGCAGAACUGAGCAGUGGAGUCGUGAGGAACAACAGCCUGUGGGAUCGACUGAUCUUCAAUAAGAUACAGGCCAGUCUGGGUGGAAACCUGCGAUUCAUCCUCACUGCAUCUGCACCAAUUUCUCCAACUGUCCUUUCCUUCCUCAGGGCCACCCUCGGCUGUCUGAUAUUUGAGGGUUAUGGGCAGACGGAGUGCACAGCUGGAUGUACAUUUUCUAUGCCUGGUGACUGGAGUGCAGGUCAUGUUGGAGCUCCUUUACCCUGCGCUAUGGUGAAGUUGACAGACAUCCCAGACAUGAACUACUAUGCCAAGAAUGGAGAAGGAGAGAUCUGUAUCCGGGGUCACAGCGUCUUCCGAGGGUAUCUGAAGGAUGAAGAGAGGACGAGGGAGGCUCUGGAUGCUGACGGCUGGCUUCACACUGGAGACGUGGGACAGUGGCUGCCGAAUGGGACUUUGCGCAUUGUAGACAGGAAGAAGCACAUCUUUAAGCUGUCCCAGGGCGAGUACAUCGCUCCCGAGAAGAUCGAGAACGUCUACACUCGCUGUGUUCCUGUUCUGCAAGUCUUUGUGCAUGGAGAUAGUCUACAAUCUCAUCUUAUAGGAGUUGUAGUUCCAGACCCGGAGGUGUUUGUUGACUGGGCCAAAGAAAGAGGGAUAGUCGGAUCAUAUGAAGAGCUUUGUCAAAAUCCUGAUGUGAAGAAAGCCGUGCUGGAGGACAUGACGGCAGUGGGGAAGGAGGCUGGACUGAAGUCAUUUGAGCAGGUGAAGGACUUAUAUUUGCACCCUGAAAUGUUUAGCGUGUCUAACGGCCUCCUCACACCGACCCUGAAGAGCAAGCGCGUGGAUCUACGGCGACUCUUCAGUGAGCAGAUCGCACAGAUGUACAGUAAAUCAUCCAUUUAGACCUCACAUACUAAUGCAGUCCAGGACAGACUCUCAACAUCGCAUUUAUCAAGCGAUUUUCUCUAAAACAUUUGAACUAACUUAAAAAGACUUGCUAAAUAAGGGUGAUGUUACUGACAGGAAACUGUUCUCAAUAAUUUAUGAUAAAUUGUCAUGAAGACUGAAGUCUUCACUUCUUCUCAUUUAGUGAUCUAGAUGGUGUUUUAGGUCAUUUUAGACGGCUUUCAUAGUUUGAACUGAGACACAGACACUCUCCAUCCUAACACAUAGAUCAGGAAUGUUGGGAUGCAUUUGGGGAUCAGAUGAACUUAUUGGAAAGAAUAGCUUUUCAGUCAGUUUCAUAGAUAUUUUACAGUUUUGUAAUUACGAGUUUGAUUUUGCACCUCUAAAGAACAAUCUGUAUGAAAUUUGAUGCAUUUCAUUUGUUGUUGAUAUGAAAUGUCUGUAUGUUUGACAGUCUGUAAAUGAGUAUUUUCAACUGUAAAUGUUUGACUAAUUGCAGCUAAUAGACUGUAUUUUACUCUUUUAUUGACAGAAGAAUAAAGACAAUGCAUUAUUACAA